ACAGUAAAUAAUGAAAAGUUAUUAGAAAAGGAAAGAUGAUCAAAAUAUAGUAAAAAAAAAUUAGUUAUGGCUUAAAUUUCUCUCGGAAACCGGUGAGUGUGUUGUUUCACUCCUCUAAUUAACACACAAUAGAAGCCAAUUGUGCCUCUCAGAGCUCUUUCAGAUUCUCCCGUGUCUCAUCAUCCUUCCAAUAUUCAUCAAGAUGCCUCAGGGAAGCCUCGAAGUUUUUCUUGUUAACGCCAAAGGCCUUGAAAACACUGAUUAUCUUUGUAACAUGGACCCUUAUGUGAUCCUCAUAUGUCGCACUCAGGAGCAAAAAAGCAGUGUUGCAUCAGGUCAGGGAAGUGAGCCAGAAUGGAACGAGGCUUUUGUAUUCAACGUGUCUGAAGGCGUUUCCGAUCUGAGAUUGAAGAUCAUGGACAGUGAUUCCACCACGGCUCAUGAUCUCGUUGGAGAAGCUACCAUUCCACUGGAUGGAUUGUUUAUCGAAGGAAAUAUCCCACCAACUUCAUACAAUGUUGUCAAGGAUGGCCACUAUUGUGGGGAGAUUAGAAUCGGCCUCACUUUUACUCCUCAGGAUCGCAGUGAACGCUGCCCAGAGGAAAAUUUUGGGGGAUGGAAGGAGUCUGGUUACAGAGACUGAUUGUGUUCAUUUAUAGCAUUUCUGAGUCAUGACUACUGGAUCCAGUAUUAACUUAGUUGCCUAUUCAAGAGGAUCUUCACUUUUAAAUUGCUUUAUUGUCAAUUGAUUAAAAUUAAUACCACAAACUCUAAAUAAUUCUUAG